GCAGCUAGGGUUUCAUACUUUGCGAUUUGUGAUAUAUAUUCGGGCUGCUAAACGAGGUAUUGCCGGCUUCCCACAAAACUUGAAGCAGUUGUCCGGACAUGGUUGAACUUGACUGUUGCUCGAUGCCUAUGUCGUGUAUGUUACGUGCAUUAGCUAAUUGAGUAGGCCUGCAAUGUAAGACAAGGUAUCAUUUCAUCAGAAUCAAACACACCACAUAAUUUCACAUGACCAAGGCAGUAGUACUUUUUUUUACAGAGGUAAUACCCUGCUUUUAUAGAAAGCAUUUAAAGGUCUGAUUUAAAGGUCUGAUACCCAAGGCAUUAGUAAUUAGAUUAUCAUAUCUUUAUAGUCUGCAUUUUUGUCUCAUGGAGGGAUGUUUCAGUGUUUUUGUUGUAAUUUGGUAUGUGUCCAUGUUUAUUAAGGCGGUAAGAGUCAUAGCAACCUGCCCAUCUGAGUCCACUAGGCGCUUAGGGCAUGUGUUGAGGCAACUCCAUACAGACAUCCUUAUCCUUAAUAUAUAAUGCCAUUAAAAUUCAGAAGCAAGUCAUAUCUUAAUAUUGCCAAUUCUUAGCAUAAUACCAUAAUAAGUAGUGCUACCAUAGUGCUAGCACACAACACAAAGUAGCAAAAUAGCAAAUUUGAAAUCUCUCAAUCGCAAUAGAUUAGUCUCUAAUGACAUGAUAUACUUAAUGAGUAGUGCUACUAGUGCAAAGAAGACCACAAUCACAAGCUCUGAGCACCUAGCAGUCACACACAUGAAGGCAGAGCAGUUUACAUCCACCCAGAAACAAAAGCAGCAGUGCAGACUGCAGAUGGCAGAGCAUAUCCAAGUAAAGAGCAGAGGCAGUGCACAUCCAAGAGGAGGGAAGCCCUAAGGAGAGGAAGAGAUUCUUACGUACCUGGCCCGUGACCUUGCGACGCUGGGCUGAAGAAGACGGGAACCAGCAGGGAAGGGGAAGGAGCCGUGAAUCAAUCAGCAGAGAAGAGGGAGGACCAUAGGAGGCACCAAUCAGGGCCAAGUCAGUGGAGUAGAGGAAGGGAGGCUCGAAUCGACAGAGAGAGGCAUUAAGAUGGAGCAGAAGAGGCAGAGCGGCAAGAUUCUAGUGGCGCACCGCCAAGAAUCAGCUCCUCUCUCGUGCCUGCACCUGAUCCCCUGCGCCCAAGCUCAUGCAGCAUCCGCAUCAGGCCACUUAUGCCUUAAACAGCACCAAAUUGCGCCUAGGCGAUGGCUUUUGUCUCAAGGUGGAGGCCAUACCCUGAUUGGUUGUGGCAAGGCCGACACCCAGCCUGGAAACUCUACUGGACGCCUAGGAAAGCUUGCUGAUUUGAUGCUGGUUAAUUUGUCAGGCAUCCUUUGCUUGGACUCCGUCAGAAGCUGCACUAUUUUGAUUCCAGCUAUUAAAUAUCCCUUUUUCUUUUAUUCCAAGUGGAAGUUUACUGGUUGUAAAAGAUGAUGGUGGCAAUAAUAUGGCACUUGUGGAGCUCACAGGAUGCUCAUAUCUUGUAACUUGUAUUCUGAAACUGUCUACCUGAUACAAAUGAUUCUGUUUGAUGCAAAAUUUAAGAUUUCUAUUCCAAUGUGCA